GGAUUUCCGAAAAACCGUGUCAGUGGCCAUAAGCAGCUCGCGUCGGGCUUGUUACGGAUGCCUCCUCUUUUACCUUAAACCUGACAGCGCGGUACGGGCAGCACGGACGGGCAGUCGGCUGUCUGAUCCUUGCACAUUAAGCGACAAACCAGGCGUCGAUAUAUGAAGGAAUCUGUCGGCCAAUGAGUAACAGAGAUCGGACGUAAAAGGAAAGAGGAAUAAGGUGUCCAGGUUCCCUUCAUCAGCUGUCAUAUAUCGGUAUUUCUCUUGUUGGAUGUCAGCCUCCAGCGUGUUGUAUGUGCGGUAACAACAUGUCAGCGCCGCUUCCUGCCAUCGUACCGGCCGCUCGGAAAGCCACCGCGGCGGUAAUAUUUCUCCAUGGACUUGGAGAUACUGGGCAUGGAUGGGCGGAGGCUUUUGCUGGAAUCAGGACCCCCCACGUCAAAUACAUUUGCCCCCAUGCGCCACUCAUGCCAGUCACGUUGAACAUGAAGAUGACGAUGCCUUCUUGGUUUGAUAUAAUUGGUCUUAGUCCAGAUGCAGAAGAAGAUGAAUCAGGCAUUAAACAAGCAGCAGAAAACAUAAAGUCGCUGAUAGACCAGGAGGUUAAGAACGGCAUCCCUGCCCACCGGAUAAUCGUGGGCGGAUUCUCGCAGGGGGGGGCGCUGUCCCUCUACACGGCUCUGACGUCCCAGCAGAAGCUGGCUGGCGUGGUGGCGCUCAGCUGCUGGCUUCCUCUGCGUGGCUCCUUCCCGCAGGGUGCGACGGGCAGCGCCAACAAGGACACGCAGAUCCUCCAGUGCCAUGGGGAGGCUGACAUGCUGGUGCCACUCGUCUUCGGCUGUCUGACGGUGGAGAAGCUGAAGAGCUUCCUCAACCCGGCCAAUGUGCACUUUAAAACCUACCCAGGAAUGCAGCAUGGGUCCUGUCCGCAGGAGAUGAUGGACAUCAAGCAGUUCAUCGAGAAGCAGCUCCCUCCGAUCAGCUGAUCUCAUGACGUCGGCCUUCGAACGCACACCAGCACAAACUCGGGCUGAAAGCUGAGUCCUCUAAGCUCUUAGGUCCGUCGCGUGGCUAAGACAAGCUAACGUCGCUGAACGGUAGACACACCACCAUCCCCACAGCAGAGUCUUAGCCCAGGAGACGCUGUGGGAUUCAGCAUCUGGCUCAGUCCUUUAUGAAACUUCCACAGUCACAGCGAGAGCGACGGGGACCCAGAACUUCAGCACCUACAUGGCUAGUGUUGUGUUCUAACUCUUGUGGAAAUAGCUGUUUAUCACGAAAAAGCCAUUUCCUCUUGGUAAAGAUGCGUUUGGAUGUUUAAUGAAAUCCAUUAUGGAAAUGCUACUUAUUUGAAUUAAAUGGAUUUACAAUAAAUUAUGCUAUAAGA